UGGCGCUAUGAGCAGGCCCUGGCUAGUCUUAUUUGGAAAAUUGAUAUGAAGGACAUUCAUCUACAACCGGAAGCAGCCAUAUCUGCCCUCUCGAUGCUGGGCACAACCGGGCCUCAGAGCAGCAGUUUAAGUUUGGGACCUGAUCAAGAGCAACGCUUCACCAAGAUGGGCGUUUACAAAGGGACGUUGGUGGCCCUGAAGCCAGUCAAAAAGAAGACCAUCGAUACGUCAUCAAGGGAGAUCAAAUUGGAGCUGAAAGUGAUGCGAGACCUACGUCACGAUAACAUUGUCCAGUUUAUUGGGGCCACCAUCGAGCCAGGUAUGACACACAUUGUGACUGAGUACUGCUCAAAGGGCAGUCUAGAGGACAUUCUAGAGAACAGUGACUUAAAACUGGACGAAAUGUUCAUUGCGUCCAUUGUCUCGGACAUUCUCAAGGGGAUGAUCUACAUACACAGUUCAGCAGUGGUGUCUCACGGUAACCUCAAGUCUUCAAAUUGUCUGGUGGACAGCCGAUGGGUCAUCAAAAUCUCAGACUUCGGGCUGUGCAAGUUCAAGUCCAAACAAGAGCUGCCCUACCACGGCGAGCACGCCAAUUACAAAAGAUUCUUGUGGACUGCCCCUGAGCUGCUUCGACUGUACAAACCACCCCCACAAGGGACACAAAAAGGGGACGUUUACUCUUUUGGCAUAGUCCUGCACGAAAUUCUAAACAGAAACGGUUGCUAUGGAGAUUGUCACUUAACCCCUAAAGAGAUAGUCCAGCGUGUAAAAGAUGGCCCAAUCAAUGGGGUACCCUUCAGGCCAAGCAUCUCUGAGCUAAACUGUGAUAGUGCAAUACUGACCACUCUAGUCGCUUGCUGGGAUGAAGAACCAGACCUGAGGCCGGACUUCAAGACUUGCAGGAAAAAUUUGAGAUUUAUGCAGAAAGGAAUGCGGUCCAACAUAUUUGACAACAUGAUGAUGAUGAUGGAGAAAUACGCCAACAACUUGGAGUCUGUGGUGGCGGAGAGGACAGUGGAGCUGCAUGAGGAGAAGAAGAAGACAGAGACGCUUCUGCAUCGAAUGUUGCCUUCGAGUGUCGCUGCUCAGUUGGUACGUGGUCAGCCAGUCGUCCCAGAAGCCUUUGAUAGUGUGACAAUUUAUUUUAGUGACAUCUGUGGUUUCACUGCUAUGUCCUCUGAGAGUACGCCGCUACAGGUGGUGGACCUACUGAAUGACCUGUACACCCUGUUUGACAACAUCAUCAAAGACUAUGACGUGUACAAGGUGGAGACCAUUGGUGAUGCCUACAUGGUGGUCAGCGGACUGCCCAGGAGGAAUGGCAAUCAUCACGCAGGGGAGAUAGCUUCCAUGUCUCUGGCCCUUCUGACCGCCAUUAAGCAAUUUAGGAUACGCCACCGGCCCAACGACAUCCUGAUGUUAAGGAUAGGGAUUCACAGCGGUUCCUGUGUGGCUGGGGUCGUAGGCCAGACUAUGCCCAGAUAUUGUUUGUUCGGUGAUACGGUCAAUACUGCGUCACGAAUGGAGUCUAACGGUGAAGCCUUAAAGAUUCAUGUCAGUGAAAGCUGUAAAAAUCUGUUGGAUGAGCUUGGAGGCUACACCCUAAUAGAGCGCGGCACAGUGUCCAUGAAGGGCAAAGGUGAACAAGUCACCUACUGGCUACUAGAUGAGGAUCCUCUAGUUCGGGAGAGACGUGCCAGAAUAUCAGACGACAGUGGCGUGCAUAUGGAUCCAGCCACAGAUUUGACUCACAAUGACAUUUUUUUCGGGAAGCAACGGGAGGCCAAUGGUAGCGCCCGCUUACCCAUUUUACGAUCCUCGCUAGUUCACAGUGGCGCCGGCCAUGAAAACUGUAGUCCCACACGGACCCCGAAAAAAUCUAGAAGCGCGAGGUUCUGCAAAGAAUCUUUCGCUGGAGGGCGAUCUGUCUCCCAAACUCUCAGAGACAGCUUGAACGGCGACAAUUUCUCUGAAUUAACUAGCGCUGUGAACGUUGAUAAUAUGGAACCAGCUUCACAGGCUCAGAAAACACCAGACAUUUCCCAUGGUGAUCUUAUAACUUUGAAUCCGUCCGAAUUGAACAAUUCUGUAAACAAUGGCAUGGUACCGAAUCUUCUAGCCCGCGACUCGGGAUUUAUUGGAAACCAAGAAAUGACAACUGGAGAGUGGGUUGACAAACACGCAGAGUUACACUGGUCAAACCUGGACCAGGCGUCCAAUUACUCUAUGAACAAAGCAUUGUCCUCGGGGAAUGAGAACUCGCUCUCUCCAUGCAAGACUUGUGGAGCCCCAAGGCUUAAGGGAAAAAAGAAACACAAGUGCAAGUCAAAGAACCUUAAAAAGGGAACCACAAAAGAAUUUGAAGAGAGAAUAUUCUCUACCCAUUCCCCUGCAACAAAACAUAGAGAUACCCCUAGAGAUACGCCCAGAGAUACGCCUUCCUCUGAUUCCGUUUCCAAUUUGAACCAACCCUUUGAGAAAUCUCAAGACACUUUAGUGUUACCUCAUGUGCUUGACAAAUAUAUCGAUCUCACGCCUACAAUUGAACAGUUUGCUUUCGAAGGUCGUGGCUCGGUCCACGUUUCGUCCCAGGACACAUUCCCAAAGCUCCUUGAUCACAAAUAUACGAACGGGUUCGCCGUGCAAGACAGCCCUAGAGGCGAGUCACCAAGCACAGCCUCAGAUUCUGGCAUUCAAAUCAAGAGCAACAAAAUCCACCCCAUGGCUUUGGAAUCGCUAAGCAACUGCUACGAGAAUUACUGCCUACUGCUACAGGACGAUGAAGUGCCGUCUGGUAUACAAUCCAGCAGUUUGGUAGAAUUCACCAGCUCCAUUGUCUAAGAUAUAAAAAAAAAAUACAUAAUUCGAAAUUGAAGAUACUCUUCUGGUGGAAGAUAUUUCUAUUCAGAAUUCCACUGACCAGCUUGAACAGCAAUCCAAUGAUUCAUUGUUAACAAGCAGAGCUGAUUUUGAUUUCAUAUCGGAAUGGUUUCAGUUGAUAUGUAAAGGCACAAAUAUACACAAUUUGUUAUAAAGACGAAAAGGAUUCGUCAAUUUGCAUAUUUUACAACUCUACAACCCAGUGAUUGCCAAUAACACAAACAGUAUAUCUUAAUCGUAAUAUGUACUAUAUAAUGCACUUUUGAAUGAAAACAUUUGCCCAAUGUGUUAGCAAACAUUUUAACAUAUUCUUGGUUUACCUCAUUACAAUACUUAUUAUUUUGUUUUUGUUUUAUUAU